CUUUAGCAAGAAACGGUGUUUUGGAACAAGUGCUGCUAUAUUGUAACGUGAUCAAAAUGUCUACUGAUACAUAUGCAGUUGUAGAAUUCCUUGAUAAGAAGUCAGUUGAAGUUGUUCCUAGAAGUUGGAUUGAAGCAUGUGAUGGUCUUUUGUGUUGCUAUUGGCCGAGGACAAACGUCUCAGCUAUUGUAAAGAAGCUGGAAUUGCCAUACAAAAAUGGUUGGAAAAAACAUAAAGUCAGAAUAUUCACAUUUGCAGACAACUUUAAAAGUGCCCAAAAGUUUGCUAGAAGAGCCAUUGCCACUUCAAACAUUGAAUCAGAUGAUGAGUCAAUCAACGACAAGCCACGAAAACGUCCUUGUCUCAAAAGGAGUAUGGAAGAUUUUCCAGAUUACAGUGACAUAGAAAACGAUGAUGACAGUGAUGAACCCGUAAUUCAACACAGAGCCCUUCAGUUACCUCCUGCUCCACGUUUUGCAUCUUUUAGUAUGAACAAUAAACAUUUAUUGGAAUCUUCUGAAAGUAAUAUGAUAACAGCCGUCAAUGAAAUCUUAUCUACAAAUUCUAGAAAUUUGCCGGUGUGCAGCGAGCUGAUCUCCCUUGCAGAAAAAGAUUUAUAUGACGGUGAACUAGCACCAGAAAUCCUAAACACAAAGGAUCAUGCAAUAACUUCUCCAUCUACUAAUACAAGCAACGUCUCUUCACUAGGAAUUCUUACAACUGGCACAACAAGAGAAAGACAUUCUCAACAAAACAGUGGUGUCUUAGAUACAAGCAACGUCUCUUCACAAGGAAUUCUUACAACUGGCACAACAAGAGAAAGACAUUCUCGACGAAACAGUCAUGUCUUAGAUGCGCAUGACCUUUCAUCGCACGAAACGCCUUCGACAAGUUUUAUGAACAUGACACCUGCAGGAAGACGUUUUCAACCAAAAAAUUAAUGGCUUCCAAAGAUCAGUUCUCACCAAACUGGAAACAUUAAUUGAUAAGCAAGAAGAAACGUUGUCAAUAUUGCGUGCUCUGUUAAGCGCUACUAAAGGUGUAGACGAGCACGAAAUUUUGGAAGAUGUUCUACCUAAUCCCUUAGAUUCGGUUGAAGAACUUGAGGAGCUAUUCUCUAGUCUUAAUGAAGAAAAGUCCAGAAGAAAGUUGUUUUUAAUAGCACUGUGCGCAAUUACCUGUGCAAACUGUGUUAGAAGAAUUCUGACAAAGCUGGGAACAAAUAAUCGACAGUCCCAAUAUAGUUUAAAAAGCAGAAAGUCAAAGCGACCAUUUCAGCACCUUGCCCUAUGCAAAAUUAUACCAAAAGCCUGCCUCAGAGCUCAUAAAGGAUGCAGCGAAGGCCAACGUUGAAGAUCAAAUUGCCGAAUUUUUAAAAUAUGCUCCAGGCAAGCAAGGUGGUUCCAGAUUUAAGGAAAACAAGCCAAGCGCCUGGUUACGAUGCUGCAGGCCAGCUACGCCACUGGAGUGGAGGUACUUGAAUAAACAUGGAGCAAAGUAUUGUCAAGGCACAUUCUAAAAGUACUUACGUGGUUUGAAUGAUGUCAACUUUUCAAGAAGAUGUUCAUACUGUCGAAAAAUGCUGAAAAUAAAAGAUUUUUCUUGAGAAAGUGAGAAAUGAGAAAAACAAACUAUUGCGUUAAGGUGUCGGAGGUAAGGAGUUAGCAUAUGAAUGAUCACGGGAAUGUGUAAAUGAACAAAGGAAUGAGAAUUGAAGAAGAGAAAAGUGUGUGAGUGAACGAGGGAUUGUGUGAAAGAAAGUUGGAGUUUGUGAUUGAACUAGGGAAGAAAUGGAGGAGGAGAAUGAGGGAGGGAGGGAGGAUCUAACCUCAAGAAAUGAGUCACUGGCAUCAAGAAAUGAGCUUAAUGUAUUAAAACAGAUAUGGGAAGAUUUCAAUAAUGCUUUAUUUGAUAGAAAACUUUACAGACGUUUCUGCAUUGCUCUUCAUGUAUGUUAUAAAAAAAACUUGAUUAAGCAUUAUAUCUAAGUUAGAUUUAAUGGCUUAUUUAUUCGUCGUGAUAAAUGUUGUAGUUCUCCUUUUAUCUACAUCACUAUGUGCAGCCACGGGAAGCUUUUACAAUAAAAAAUAUUGGCUACAGACUCCCCUUCAUGCAUCGGUAUGAUAUAAUGAACCCAAAAACAAUGUGAUGAAUAAAAAUGAUAAGUUGA